GUUUUCUGCGGACGGAUUUGAUACUGCAGAAAAACAAAGGAGAGAAAGGACAUGUUAAAGCUGAAGCAACAGUUUGACCUGCAGAGAGAUGUGGUGUUUGAUAUCCUUAGGAAAGAGGCGUCGGUCUGCAGGGUGAAAGAAUACUCUGAAGAUGUGGACACUCGUAUCCUGAACACCGAAAGAGAUGGCAGCGUACUUUACUCCUGGAAGGGAGCAACAGGCACCACCAGGAUAGGGAAAUAUGACCCCUACACCAAACAGAACAAGCUCCUCUACACAUUCGACAAACAGGUGUGUGUCAGCAGCUGCUCUCUGAACAAAGAGGAGACGUUAUUAGCUGUCAGCUUGGUGCAAAACACCAGUGCACAGCAGCGCCUCAAACCAAUAUCAAGGUGUCUGACUCUGCUGAUCGAGAUCCACCCUAUAAACAACACCAAAGUCCUCAAGGCAGUGGACUGCAGAGUCAAAGUCCAGUUCCUCCAUCAAGAAACUGAGUGGAAGUCAGCGCUGGAGAGCCAUCUGCUGCUGUUCACUGAAGAUGGAUAUGUGGAUCUAUACCAUGUGCUUCUGAGCAAACAGGAAGGCUAUAGAGUGGUGAUCUCAAAUCCCGAGCGUUUGUCCAGAGCGGUGGAGAGGAUCAUAGAGGAUUUCUGCUGGGUCCAGUGGGAUGGACACACACAAAGGCUCUACUAUCUCACACGCAAGGACAGGUUCCUGCUGAGAUGUGUUCAGUUCUACCAAAACCAUAGCUGUGAUACUGUGUUGGAGCUUGUUUUAGAGUUGCCUGCCAAUGCUUUCCGCGCAGUCAGAUUUGUAAGUCUUGGUUUUGACCACUAUCAUGUUGAAAAACCUGAGCAGGAGCUUGUUAGAAUGCGGGUGUUCACAAACCGACUUGAAAGAAGCAUGUGUGUUUGCUAUAGCCAGCUGCUAAAAGACAAACAGGAACUGACAUACACAGUGGUUUUAGUUCACAAAGAUUGUAGCAAGAGGUUCAGAGUGUAUCUUGGAAACGACAAGCCGUCGCUGAAUUUACACCAACUUCAUCCGCUCUUCAUCCCCAUAGGGUACUACAUCCUGGUGUAUCUGCAGGGUUAUUUCCUCCACUGCAUCAACACCAGGCAGCAUGAGAUGCUCUGUCACUCUCUUUUUCUAACUGGUCAAGAUGUCAACCUAGGCAUGCAGUCUCAGUCGGAUGCCCUCACAGUGAUGCACAAAGAAGAUGAAACCAGUGUUUGUCUUUUGGAGCUGGCACGUGGGUCUAUUCACAUCGCUGAACUUAGCCCUGCUUACCUGCUGCAGAUACUGAGAUCAGAUGCAAGUCCUGGGUGUCCCAGCAGUAGGACGGACCCUCUUCGCUUGGCUGCCCUGCACUGCCUCCUGGUUUUCAUGGGAGAUGACCUGAAACUGGAGCUGAAGAUUAUUGAAUGGCUGUGUGACAACAUGAACAUCGUUGAAUCCUUCGAUCAGAUCCAAGAGUUCAUUUUAGCGUCUUUGUUCAGAAUGAGCUAUGAGAAGUCUCUCUGCCUGGAUAAAGUACUGCCUUAUUCCUCUGUAUAUGAAAAAAAGGAGGUCCCAGCAUGCUUGGAGGCAGUCCCUGGUGUUUCUUGUACCACAGAACUACAUAUUGAUCCUGAUUUUAAAGGGAAGGCUGAGCGGCUCCAGGGUUUCUGGUCAGAGCUGCAGUGGAACACAGAGAAGAUGAAAUAUUUGAAUGCUGUUCCCAACUCCAGAUAUAGGACCUCAGACAUUCAGGCCGACUGGAAUAAACUGAGGUCCGAGAGCAGAGCAUCCAGCCACUUGAAUCACUUGGAGGAGAACACAAAGAAGGUUCUUUCAAUGGUUGACACAUGGUGUCUUGAAAAAAAGCUGGUGCCACUUUUUCAAGAAGAAGACCAUCAGCAAAGGGCAUUCAUCGGCCUGACAGUCGACAAGCUUCGAGAACAUCUCAACAGACAUCUGCCUCAACUGGGAAAUAGGAAGAUUGACUCUCUGGUGGUCAACUAUGUAGCCAAACUGCUAGAGCUCAUCAGACACAUGCUGGAGUCAGCCUGGUUGAAGAACAAACUUGGUCCUCAUGUUUUGUGCCUGACGAAGAAGGGCGGCCCAUCCGAGUGGGCUGUAUUUCACUUCAUGCUUCGGAUCCUAGAGUCCACCCAGGGCCUUUGCCUGCCCCUCCCACCCGGCUAUCACACCCUGUUUGCUGUGUUUGCUGUUCGUUGCCUCCCCCAUCAAACCUUUCUACAGUACAUUGACCACGGUUUCCUGCAACUCACCGAAACCUUCGUGUCUCGUCUCAUGACAGAUUUGGACAACAGUGAAACCAAUGAGCGACUGAAGUUCAGCAUACUUAAGAAACUCUCUGAGCCUAUGGAGCAGAGGAUCUACCAUAUGUGGGAUCAUCCCGUCAGCUCAGCCUCAAUCUCCAGAGAUUAUGUCAAGACGCUGCUGGAGAAACAUACCAAGAAUAAGGGAUUUGGAUUCACUGUGAGAGACAAACCUGACUUCAGACCUGAGUUUCUGCCCCUUACCUAUCUGGCAAAAAUGCUCUCUGAUAUUGAGUCACAAGCUCUGAACCCUUUCGAGGACAGGGAAAAUGUGGACGCCAGGUUUGUGGAGGAGUCGGCUCUGAUGCAGACGCUGAUCCAGCUGGGCUUUGAGGAAAAAUGAAGCGGGUGUAAGGGUGAUAAUAGACGAGAGGUGGAUGGAGAGAAA